AUGGGGUUCAAAUUCUCCUUCCUAUGUGACUUGCUCUCAGGUCUCGAGGACAAUCAGAUAGCCAAGGUCGUCGCUCCCAACAAAGACACUCCGGAUAUUCGGUCAAUCUCUCAAUGGUUUCGUCGCCAUGAUAGGCACGUCCAUCACCCAGAAACAGAUCGGCUUGCCCUACUGUCAUGCAUGUUCCCAGAGAAACGCCCAGAUCGGGUAUACUGGCUCCAAGCCACCUCGCUCGCACGCGUGAUCGGUCGUUGCUUGGGCUUGGGAUCUUCCAGACUGUCGGAGAUGGAUCAAUGGCGCAAACCCGGUGGCCCGGAUCUCGGCCAAUGCGUGGAAAAUGUGAUGCGUCAAGCUGAGAAUCAAACCCAUCCUGAUCGGGAGGUCUCAGUGGAGGAGAUUGACCAAGCACUAGAUAUGAUUGCAUCUCGAUGUCGUUUCUCAGGUCCCCAAGUACGCCGCCAGCAGACGGCCGUCGAUGUGGAAAGUGCGCUUGCACCAUUGUACCGCAGUCUGAGCAGUCGUGAUGCCAAAUGGCUUACGCGGAUGAUUCUGAAGAGCUAUUCCCCGGUGACACUCCCCGAGAAAUACACUUUAGAACGAUUCCACUUCUUGCUGCCACACUUCCUUCAAUUCCAAAAUACAUUCGAGGGCGCCUUGGAUAUGCUUUCUUCAGAACCAAUCAAUAGAUUUCCCCCUCGACCAGAUCCAAAAUUGGCUGCCAACUUAUGUUCCGUGGCCCUUGACUAUCUGCGGCCACGAACGGGUAUCAAAAUCGGCCGGCCCGAAUACUUCAAGGCUAGGAGCAUCAAGCAUUGCCAUCAGAUGGCAAAAGGCCGCCGUAUGAGCAUAGAGCGGAAAUACGAUGGAGAGUACUGUCAAAUUCAUGUGGACCUCACGAACAAGCAAACGCCCAUCCAGAUUUUCUCCAAAAGUGGCAAAGACUCCACUGCAGACAGAUCGACUAUCCUCUCAGUCUUGAAGGAAAGUCUCCGAAUUGGGCUAAAAGGAUGUAAAUUUACAAAAUAUUGCAUCCUAGAGGGAGAGCUGCUUGUGUGGAGUGACAAGCUUGGUGGAAUAGCAGAUUUUCACAAGCUGCGAAAAUUCCUUCCUCGUGCUGGGACUUUCAUCGGGAUUGACCACGACUCGCCACCGCAGCCAUAUGAGCACUUGAUGGUUGUCUUCUUUGACAUGCUUCUUCUGGAUGAUGUCGUUUGUCUAAGAGCUCCCCAUCGACAGAGACGUUUACUUCUGCAAGAACUAGUGCAAAAAAUCCCAGGACGUGCCGAUAUUGCCGAGCAAGAAAUAUUGGACUUUGGCCGGGUCGAUAGCCAAUAUCGACUAGAGGCCAGCUUUGCAAAGGCUAUUGCAAAAAGAUGGGAAGGAUAUGUGCUGAAAGCUUCCGACGAGCCUUAUUUUCCGAUCUACGCAGCAGGAGUGAAUAACUCCUUCGGCCGGUGGAUUAAGCUCAAGAAAGACUAUAUUCCUGGUCUUGGUGAUACCGUUGACCUUAUAUUAGUCGGCGCAUGUUACAAUGCUCAAGAUGCUGCUGCUGUUUCGUCUCUCAAAAACCUGCGGUGGACACACUUCCUAGUCGGUUGUCUCCUGAACAAAGAUGCUAUGGUGCAAACCGAUACCAAGCCCCAUUACCGCAUAGUUGACGUUGUUAAUCGCCACUGUAUGCACUGGAAGUUGUUGCAACUUCUAAAUCAGCUUGGUGAAUUUCAUGCCAGCGAUCCUGAAGAGUUCGAGGGAUUUGAAAUCGAGUAUGGACGUACAGGCCUACCAGCAGCCUCGGUCAUUUUCAAAAAACCAUUCAUCGUGGAAAUGAUGGGCAGUGGGUUCGAGAAGCCGUCAAGUGCCCGGUAUUUCACUCUUCGCUUUCCACGGGUUUUGAAAAUCCACACUGAGAGGAACCCCGAGGAUGCUGCUUCUUUUAGGGAGCUACAGCUUCUAGCAGAAGAUGCUCGGUCUGUGCCUAUGGAUGAGCUCUCACAAGAAGAAGAACAAUGGCGCAAGCGGUUGAAGGUCGGGAACGGGCUGAAAGACUACAUUGUCCGGAGAUCACGCAGCCUGUCGACAGGUAGUACUUCAAGCACAGGGUCAGAUGCACCCGGCCGCUCUGAUACUACAAUGGGUGAUCACGAAGACGGUCUGCAGUCAAUUUCAAUGGAGAAACCAGCCCAAAAUACUUCAUCACCGGAUGGAAAUCAUUGCCAGACCCUUGGCAGUAUGGAGAAUACCACAACCGUCUAUGUCGACAACUCCGGGCUUUCUCCAAUGGCCAGUGAUCUACCCCAUGACAGGCAUGUCCUAGCCGAGAAUCAGAACUCAUCUAAUCGCCGAACAUCCAGAGAUGGCGGUUUCGGAAUUGCCGAUCAAAACAAUGACCAUAUGUCCAAAGCCGUCGCUGAAACCUCGCAACCUAGUGGAGCACCUACAACUUCACCUGGUCAUCGAGUCACCAAUCGCACCUCCUUGCAUCGAAAGGAUGCAUCAAGGACCGAGGAGCCAGUCAGCUCUACUCAAACAAUGCAUUCCCCAAGUCUGCAGAUCUCCAACAAGCUGAAAGGGGCCCCAAUAUCCCCCCUCAAGACAAUCCCCGUGUACAUGUCCGGAAGCCCGUCUGAAGGUGACACCUCCCCCGAACCGCAAGACUCCUCCAGUCUCUCGCAAUUCUUGCAGGCCCUCGGCUCCGAUGAGACAAAGUCUCUCUUUAGACGCUCGAAUCCUGAAGCCGCUAGUCAUGGGGCUGUUUUCGGGAUAGCCCUCGUCAACCCCGGCGAAUUGCCACUUGGACAACUGAUUCACAAAAUUGCAAAGGGCCUGUCUCGGUCUUUUCAAAAUCACGAGCCAACCCUUCCUACUAGCGGAAGAAUCUUCUUUUUAGAUGGUGUCAUUUUGACAGAAAAUAUCAAACCUGAAGAUCCUGGGUUUUGCCUGCGCCAGACAUGGCGUAACCUUGGCCUGAAAUAUUACUAUGCUUGUCUGCGUUGGAAUUUCGUCAAGGGGAAUGAUCACGCAGUUGUUGAGCGCGAAAUGCAAACCACACACCAACAUUGCAAUCACGGGGCUGUCAGCGAUGAACUCUCGCCCUUUCUAUUUGUCAGUUUCGAUGAAGAAGAAAUCUUCGCUCUGGGCGAGUACACCUCUCUGGACGGGUUGACCGACCCUACGACCCUAUGA